CGGUUUUGCUGUGUGUAUCUUCUAUCAGAAAAAUGGCAGAAAAUGCUGAUUUGUUGGAGUGGCCAAAGAAGGAUAAGCGUCGUUUUCUCCAUGUUGUGUACCGCGUUGGUGAUCUUGAUCGCACUAUCCAGUUCUACACUGAGUGCUUUGGCAUGAAGCUGUUGAGGAAAAGAGAUGUCCCUGAGGAGAAGUACUCUAAUGCUUUCCUUGGUUUUGGUCCUGAAACCUCCAACUUCGUUGUCGAGCUCACUUACAAUUAUGGUGUAAGCUCAUAUGACAUUGGAACUGGAUUUGGGCAUUUCGCUAUUUCAACUCAAGAUGUUUCCAAGAUGGUUGAGGCGGUUCGUGCCAAGGGUGGAAAUGUCACCAGAGAGCCUGGUCCGGUCAAAGGUGGAGGCAGUGUUAUUGCGUUUGUAAAGGACCCUGAUGGUUACAUGUUUGAGCUCAUCCAGAGAGGUCCAACUCCUGAACCUCUCUGUCAAGUCAUGCUUCGUGUUGGUGAUCUUGACCGUGCCAUCAAGUUCUAUGAAAAGGCCCUAGGGAUGAGACUCUUGAGAAGGAUUGAGAGACCUGAAUACAAGUACACCAUAGGCAUGAUGGGAUAUGCUGAGGAAUAUGAGUCCAUAGUUUUGGAGCUGACCUAUAACUACGGCGUGACUGAGUACACAAAGGGCAACGCAUAUGCACAGAUUGCAAUAGGCACGGAUGAUGUGUACAAAAGCGCUGAAGUAGUGAAGAUAGCCAACCAAGAGCUAGGAGGAAAAAUCACAAGAGAAGCCGGACCUCUUCCUGGACUCGGCACCAAGAUUGUCUCCUUCCUCGAUCCAGAUGGGUGGAAAACAGUCCUGGUAGACAAUGAAGAUUUUCUGAAGGAACUGGAAUGAGGAAGAGUGAUGAUGAUGAUGGUCGAGAUCACAGACGAAACCAUAAUAAUAAAAUGUGAUCUUAUGAAGUAGAGGGAGACUUAGUAAUUAAUCUAAAUAAGAUGUUGCAGUGUGUGUCGUGUUUCUAUGUGUUUGUUCCUUUUAUCUUUGUGAGCUAAACGCUGUUACGUGCCUGAAUAAAUAUAUUUCCACCACCUGGUUUAGGUGUUUUACGGUUA